UAAGAAAGUUCGCAGCCCCUUGACAAGAUAAAAAGUUUCUUUACGAUCACACAUAAAUUUUAUAAUUUUUUCAAUCAUUUCGUAAUAGAUAAGAAAAGUUUUUAAUCGAAAUUUUCAUUAAUUUUUGACAAAUUCAAAGUUUUUCAAAAAAUUCAUCGAGAACAUCACAAAAAGGGGAAACUUUUGGCUAAGAUAAGAAACUUUUCUGCAACAAGUCAUCGAAUUUUUGUAAUUUUUUAGUAAUUCAAUCAAAGCAAUCGAGUUAAAAUGUAUUCAAGAAAUUCAAUCAACUUACUUAAAAGAUUGCAGGCCCGCUUACAAAGCACCUUAGUCAUCGCCGAACACAACAACGCAACCCUUUCAGCAAUCACACAAAAUUCAAUCACGGCAGCAAAGCAAAUUGGCAAUGAUGUCACAGUCCUCGUUGCUGGCACAAAGUGUGCUGAUGUUGCAGCUUCAGUUGCUAAACUUGAUGGAGUUAAGCGCGUUUUGGUUGCUGAAAAUGAAGCAUUUAAUGGAUUUUUACCAGAAGCUAUGACACCAUUGGUUUUGGAAGCACAAAAGCAAUUUAAAUUUUCGCACAUUGUUGCUGGAGCGUCAGCACAAGGAAAAUCAUUGUUGCCAAGAAUUGCAAGUAAACUCGACGUAAGUCCGAUUUCAGAAGUUAUUGGAAUUAAGGACGCUGAUACAUUUGUAAGGACAAUUUAUGCUGGAAAUGCUGUAUUGACUAUGAAAUCACUUGAUGCUGUAAAAAUUUUGACAAUUCGUGGCACAAACUUUGAAGCAACUGGUGCUGCAUCUGCAGAUGCUCCAGUCGAAAAUGCUCCAGCUGGUGAGUACAAGACAGACUUGACAGCCUUCGUCGGACAAGAAUUGGCAAAGAGUGACAGACCAGAAUUAACAGCUGCAAAAUGCAUCGUCAGUGGUGGUCGUGGCUUAAAAUCAGGCGAAAACUUCAAAAUUCUUUACGAUCUUGCUGAUAAACUUGGCGGUGCUGUUGGUGCCUCAAGGGCUGCUGUCGAUGCUGGAUAUGUCUCAAAUGAUCUUCAAAUUGGACAAACUGGAAAGAUUGUAGCACCUGAUUUAUAUAUUGCUGUUGGAAUUAGCGGUGCUAUUCAGCAUUUGGCUGGUAUGAAAGACUCAAAGACAAUUGUGGCAAUCAAUAAAGACCCAGAGGCUCCAAUCUUCCAAGUUGCUGAUAUUGGACUUGUUGCUGACUUGUUUAAAGCCGUACCUGAAUUGACUGAGAAAAUUUAAAGCGAAUUUUUCCAAAAAAUGAUGUGGAUUUGCUGAUGUUCUGUGGAUCCCACUGGAUGUGCAGUUAAUUCCAAUCCACAAAAUUUUCCAUCCCCGAUUGCAUUUCUUCUAAAAAAAAUUAAAAUAAUUAGAAUAAAUUCAGUGUCGAUAAUUGAGAAUCAAGAAUUAGUGGCUGACAUUUUUUUUCACAUUUUUUUAUGCAACAGUGAAUUUAACUUUAGCAAGUUUGGUACAAUAAAUUCUCAAUUAUAGACAUUGAGCGCCUUUCUGGAAUUAAAAUUAAUUUUUUUGAAAUUUUUUAAAAUCUGUUAAAUAAAAAUUAAUGAUCGUAAAUGAAUGAAGCUUGUUAUCUGUCAUCUUUCGAGUUCCUAUCUGAAUCUCCCAUACUUUCAUUAUUUCCGUCAACAUUGGACCCUUCACCAAUUUCAGAUUCAAUCUCAUUAUGCUGCUCAUCAGCAUCAUUUGUGGCUGAGCUUUUAGGUUUUGCACAAUAUUUUCUGUACUUUUUCGGUAGUUUUGGUCUUCCUGACUGACACUUAAUGCUGUGUUCUUGGUCUGGCUGAUCAUCAUCUUCACUAUCGUCACUUGAACUACUGCUUCCACUUUCUGAUGACUCCUCGUCGUCCUGCUCUUCAUUAUUGCUAUUUUCUUCAUUUCCACUGUCAGCAUCUUCGUCAUCAGAUCCUGAUUCGUCGUCUUCUUCGUCACUGUUUUCUUCUUGAUUGUCUUCGUCUGCUUCUUCUUCGUCAUUGUCAUCCUCAUCUUCACUGCUGAAGUCAUCAUCAUCAGUGUUCUCAUCAUCAUCAAUAUCCUCAGCAGAUACUCCAAAACAGUCAAUAAUUUCCACAUUUUUAAUUCGAUUUUUGUAAUCUUCGAUGAAUUUUAGAUCAUCAUCGAUCAAAAUUGACUUUUUAAUGACCAAAGUCUUUAAAUUGAAUGUUUUGUGGAUCAAAAAUUCGAGCAACCAUUCAACAUUUUUACACUUAAUUAUCUUAAGUUCCUCAAUUUCACAUCCAUCUUCAUACUCGAAUGGUUUUAUUGAUUCAAGUUCGACUCGUUUGAGGGUUAGGCGCUUAACUGUUGGAAUUUUGAGUGUUGGGAUUGAACAAUUUGAGAUUUUGAGGUUAUCUAAUUUUUUCAAAGUUUCAACUUGAGCCACUUCCUCGACAUUUUGUGAAAUUACAAGAUUUUUGACAUUUUUGAAUUUUUCUGACCAUUUUCCGUCGACAUCCUUAAGAUAUAAAGUCUCAACUGAGCAUAAUUCACUAAAAUCCGAACACAUGUUGUACAUUUUGAGGGUCUUAAGGUUCCUGAAUUUUCUGAAUGGCGUGAUUGCUUCAUGGUUCACAAAACAGACUUCCAGAUACUGUAAAGACUCCUUGUGGUUCUCCAAAAAUUCCCAAAAAUUGUAGCUGCAAUAGUCAUCAAAGUUCUUAAGUUUUAGGUUUUUAAGCUUGAAUUUUAAAGACACCAAGCUGUCAUCGUCAAAAAGUGAUGAUGUUUUAUCAAAAUGUUCCAUUUUUAGGUCAGUCAAGCUUUUCUGAGCCUUCAGAAAAGUUUUAAGACCGCUAACGUCCUUUGACUCAUCGUCAUAAUCUCUUCUUACAUCCAGUUCUUUAGCUGUACAUUCAACAAACAAUUUGAAGACAUCAAUGUCACCACGGAAGUAAAAAUAAUCCAAAUCAUACUUUAAAAAUGGAUAUCCAUAGUCUUGUGGAUCUGAAUCAUCUGUCGCAUUGUAAAUUGUUAAAUUUUUUAAAUUUUCGCACAUCAAAAGCAUUUGUUUAACGUAAGCAACGGCAAAUUCACUACAAUUAAUGACUAAAGUAUCAAUAUCAUGUCCAAUAUCUUUGAGAAUGUAAAGGAAGUAAAUGCCUGAAAAUCCAUCUAUGAAAAAUCUUGUGUACUUUCGACUUCCAAUCCACUCGUUGUUGGCAUAAUCAGAUAUAAAUUGAAUUUCAAAGUUUUCCAACAGUUUUGAGUUGUUGCUGAUGAUUUCAUUAAAUUUGUGGCAUGUGAGGGUUAGGGAUAGGAGAUCUUCAGCUGGGAGGUAGGUGAAGAUUUCGAGAAGAAGCUCUUGGGGAAGGAUGUCCAUUUGGAUGCGAUCGUUUAUGUUAAAAAGAUCUGAAUUGUAAAUUUUGU